AUCAGGAAUGGCUGUAUAUCUACAACAAGACAGCUCGCAACAUUUUGAAGAUUCCGCCGAAAAUUUCAGAACAAAUAAUCCAGGACAAACUAGAUUCGUCCGUGAAGAUGAUAGAAAAAUAUUUGUUGGAGGACUCGAGAAAGAAACUACUCAAGAAGAUUUAGGGGAACACUUUGGUCAGUUCGGACCAAUCCAAUAUAUUGCUGUCAAAGUAGAUGCUACAACUGGUUGGUGCAGAGGAUACGCUUUCAUUGUGUAUCAGACAUUGGAAAGCCUAGAAAAAGUCUUUGAGCAUACCAAUCACGAAAUUAAUGGCAAAAUAAUUGAACCUAAAAAAGCGAUACCACGAAAAAUUAAAUUAUUUAUAGGAGGUUUGUCUCCUGAUUUAACUCCUGGAGACAUCACACGUUAUUUCAGACGAUUUGCAUUUAUUGUAAACGUUGAGAUGCCAUAUGAUAAAGUUACAAAGCAACGAAGAGGUUUUUGCUUUUUAACAUUCGAUAACAUGCGCGCAGUACAUGAAAUAUUAGGAUCGUCAAGACAUGUGAUUAAGGGGACACAAGUAGAAGUAAAAGUGUCAUCAUUAAGUAAAUGGGGUCAUGGAAUAAUGCGUGGUGAUUCAAUAUAUAUGGCAGGCACGCAAAGAAAUGUUAUGGGCCAAGGAGGUUUUCUACCUCAGUCUGGAUAUCCGCCUCAUGAUCCUGGUUACUGCAAUAGAGGACAUGCUCCUUAUAUUCCAUGCCCAGGAUACAGUAGUAAUUACAGUUAUGGUUAUCCAAGUUAUGGUUAUCCAAGUUAUGGUCAUCCAACUUAUUACUAUCCAAACUAUGGUUAUCCAAGUUAUGGUUAUCCAAGUUAUGGUUAUCCAAGUUAUGUUUCUGGGGCUGGAGCAAAUUGCCAGUCUGAAGGCUAUGAAGCAUCUGGAUGUCAAUUGAAAUGA